AUGAUGGACCGUUUCCGGAUGAUCUUCCAGUACUUCCAGUCGAACUCGGAGUCUGUAAUGAAUGGGAUCUGUGGGCUGUUAACCCUGGCUAGCAUAAAGAUGUAUACCUGCAUUGAAUUCAGCUGCCCCUGUCUGCCCCAGUACAACAUGGCAUAUGGCUUGGGGAUCAUGUUUGUACCCCCCAUUGCCCUCUUCCUCUGUGGCCUCAUCCUCAACAGACAGUCCCUGGUGAUGCUGGAGGAGUGGAGUCGACCGCAGGGGCGCAGAAAGAAGGACCUGGCUGUCAUCAGGUACCUGUGCUCCUCCAUCAUGCAGCGAGCCAUGGUGGCCCCUGCUGCCUGGAUUAUAGUCACUCUCCUGGAUGGCAAAUGCCUGAUCUGUGCUUUCAGCGGCUCCAUGGAUCCUGAGAAUUUUGUGGACUUUGCCAGUGCCAGCCCAGUGCAGGUGCAGCAACUGCUGGCCAAGGUGCCCUGCAAGGAUGAGGAGCUCAUGAGGAACAACACGUCCCACAAGGCAGUGUCCAGCUACCUGCGCUGCUGGUCCCAGGCACUCGGGUGGAGUAUUUUGUUGAUCCUUAUCAUAGCAGCUUUCCUCGCCCGGUGGCUCAGACCUUGCUUCAACCAGGCCGCCCUCAUGCAGGCACGUCACUGGAGCAACUACAUCGACAUCGAGCAAAAGAUUUUUGAGGAAACUUGCUGUGAGCACAGCCGGCUCUUUGCUCACAAAUGCAUCCUUCACUUCUUUGAAAGCAUGCGGCAAGAGAUCAAACUGCACAGCUUCAGCUUGCCUAGGCAGGGAAAGGGGACUGAAGGAGAAGAAGAUCUUCUUCGGGGCAUCACAGAUCAGGACCAGGUGAACAAACUCCUGAAAACGUGGUACUAUGAGAAACCUCCCCUGGAUGUCAGCAAGGCGACCCAGAGGCAUCCCCUGGGGCAAGAGAGAUCCUCCUUGCCCCGGGCAGACAGCCCUAGAACAGGGUCCCAGUUCCCCCAGCACUCUGAUGUGUAA